AUGGCUACAUUGCAAAGUUCUUCUUCUUCUUCUGCCAUAUUGGUGGCACUACUAGUUGCUGUUCUUUGCGUUGAUCCAACAUCCUCAACAUCAAGACUCGCUCUAGAUCACCCCAAAAUUCCUCACACUCACACUCACCCAACUGGUUUCCGAGUCUCUCUUCACCAUGUUGAUUCAGGGAAAAACUUAACCAAACUCGAGCGAGUCCAACAUGGGAUCAAGCGUGGGAAGAACAGGCUACAAAGGCUGAAUGCAAUGGUGUUGGCAGCAUCAACACCAGAUUCUCAAUUAGAAUCUCCAAUCCAUGCAGGGAAUGGUGAGUAUUUGAUGGAGUUAUCCAUUGGAACUCCACCAAAGUCUUACCCUGCAGUUUUGGACACUGGCAGUGAUCUCAUAUGGACACAAUGCAUGCCUUGUUCUCAAUGUUACAAGCAACCCACACCCAUUUUUGAUCCCAAAAAGUCUUCUACUUUUUCCAAGCUCUCAUGUAGUAGCGACUUGUGUAGUGCGCUACCUUCCUCAACUUGCGGUGAUGGUUGCCAAUAUAUGUAUACAUAUGGUGACUAUUCAAUGACACAGGGCGUUUUGGCCACUGAGACUUUCACUUUUGGGGGAAAAGCUAAGGCUAAGAACAUUGGUUUUGGUUGUGGAGAAGAAAAUGAAGGUGAUGGUUUUGAGCAAGCUUCGGGUUUGGUUGGGUUAGGACGUGGUCCUUUGUCCUUGGUUUCUCAGUUAAAGGAACAAAAGUUUUCCUAUUGUUUGACCUCAAUGGAUAACACAAAAGCCAGUGUCCUGUUGUUGGGGUCAUUGGCAAGAGUGAAUAGCACAAUAAAACCACUUACAACCCCUCUUCUUACAAACCCAUCACAACCAUCUUUUUACUACCUUUCUCUUGAAGGUAUCUCUGUUGGUGACACUAGAUUGUCCAUUGAGAAAUCAACUUUUGAUGUAGCGGAUGAUGGCACGGGGGGUGUAAUCAUAGACUCUGGCACAACAAUUACUUACAUUGAAGAGAAUGCUUAUGAUGCACUCAAGAAGGAGUUCAUAUCUCAAACAAAGCUUCCAGUGGACAAUUCAGGCACAACUGGCCUAGAUGUUUGUUUUACUUUGCCAUCAUCAGAGACAACACAAGUGGAAAUUCCCAAGUUGGUUUUCCAUUUCAGAGGUGGAGAUUUGGAGUUGCCUGCUGAGAAUUAUAUAAUUGCUGAUUCGAGUGUAGGAGUGGCUUGCUUAGCUAUGGGAGCUUCCAAUGGAAUGUCCAUCUUCGGCAAUAUUCAACAGCAGAACAUUUUGGUGAACCAUGACCUUGAGAAAGAGACCAUUUCUUUCAUCCCUACACACUGUGAUCGGUUGUGA